CAAUUUCCUCAAUGGAAUAUCAUGGUCAUCACAGAUAAGAAUACUACGCGCCAAUGCCUCCAAUAUUUCCUGCUUUGGAACUUCAACGGGACGCCUACGAAGGCCAACCGGAGAGCUCAGCUCCAUCUUCACGGCAUGUUAACCAGCGAGCCGGAAGCAUCGGGUUUUCCAGUUAUGGUCACCACUCAUCAGAGAGCAACUUCUCCUUCUUCCUCUGCUUUUCAAAGGUCGAAGUACGAUGUCUUUCUAAGCUUCAGAGGCGAAGAUGUCCGAAACAACUUCAUCAGCCACCUCCGCUAUGCACUGGCCCAGAAGGAGAUCAACACCUUCAUCGAUGACCACCUCCGCAGAGGGGAGGAGAUCUCAAGCGAGCUUGUGGAAGCAAUCGAGGGAUCGAGGAUCGCCGUCGUUGUCUUCUCCUGGAACUUCGCGUCCUCCACAUGGUGCUUGGACGAGUUGCUGAAGAUUCUUGAGUGCAAGUAUUCAAAUGGACAAUUGGUUCGUCCAGUUUUUCUUCAUGUCAGCCCUUCGGAGUUGCGAAAAGGGAAUGGAAGUUAUGCUGGAAUGUUGCGGAGGCACGAAGAAAAUACUGGAGUUAGUGCAGAGAAGGUUCACAGGUGGAGAGCAGCUCUUCACCAAGCAGCUAAUUUAUCGGGGUGGCACCUAGGCAGUGGGGUUGAAUCUGAUCUUGUUCGGAAUAUUGUCGAAGAAGUCUCGAGCAAAUUAACUCGCCAAUACUUCAUUGUUGCUUCUAAUCCAGUUGGCCUGGAAUCGCACAUACAAGCAGUGAGCGAGUUAUUAUAUACAGAGGUUAACGACGUUCGCAUGGUUGGGAUCAGCGGGAUCAGUGGAGUAGGCAAGACUACGAUCGCUAAAGCUCUGUAUAAUCUUAUCGCUGAUCAAUAUGAAGGCAGUAGCUUUCUCGAAAAUGUCAGUGAAACUUCAAAACAACACGGCCUCAUGAAGCUGCAAGAAGCCCUUCUCGUUGAUGUCUUGGGGGAUGCAAAUGUAAAGGUGGGUUACAUUAAGACAGGGAGACAUCUAGUUGAGGAUAAGCUCCGAAACAAAAGGGUUCUGUUAGUUCUCGAUGGUGUAGAUCAAAUGGACCAGUUGGAAGAUUUAACUGGGAUAGGACAAUGGGUUGGUUCCGGGAGUCGAAUCAUCGUGACGACCAAAGACACAGAAAUUUUGCGUGCAUCUGGUGCGGAAAAUUAUAAUAUGAAAGGAUUGAAUCACGAUGAUGCUCUUACACUAUUUUGUCGGACUGCGUUUCAGCAAGUUUUUCCUCCGGGAGAUUACAAGUUACUCUCAUUCUGUCUCGCCAAUCUUACUGAAGGGCUUCCACUUCUUGUUGUAGUCUUGGGUUCUUUCUUACGUGGUAAAACUAUUCAGGCGUGGAAUCAAGCAUUAAGACGACUCAAGGGAUUUCCACACACACGGAUCGAUGAGAUACUUAGAAUUAGCUUUGAGGAUCUAGAGCCUCAUGAGAAGGCUAUUUUUCUCGACAUUGCCUGUUUCUUCAAUGGAGAAAAUAAGGAUUACGCCGCCAAGCUGUUAGAUCGCUGUAACUUCUAUCCCGACAGCGGAUUCAAAGUUCUUGUGGAAAAAUCGCUUAUAACUGUAGAAUCAAACAAGAUAUGGAUGCACGCUUUGCUGCAGGACAUGGGCAGAGAAAUUGUACAUCAAGAAUCUCCCGGUAAUCCUUCCGGAAGAAGCAGGCUUUGGAAUCAUGAGGACGUUCUCCAAGUAUUACAUGGAAAUUCUGGAACAGAUGCAGUCGAAGGCAUAAGAUUGGACAUGGUAGACCCAGAGGAGAUUUUUAUGAGCAUAAAAGUCUUGAGAAAGAUGAGAAGGCUGAGACUCAUUAUGGUUCGAAACUUGCACGUCUCUGGGUGCCCUGAAUAUCUAUCAAGCGAAUUAAGCUGGCUCGAUUUAUCACAUGGAAUGCAGGAUAACGACUUCGGAGAGGAAGCAGCUCCGUUUAAGAAGGCUAGAUUUGGCAGGCUAAUAGAGAAGGAAUAUAUGGGAUUUAGAGAGUUCACCUUGGCGGAGCUUCAUCGUGCGACUAAAAAUUUCUCAGAACAGAACUUGCUUGGAAUGAGUGGUUUCGGCUCAGUGUAUCAUGGGAUUCUGGACGAUGGACAGGAAGUUGCAAUCAAGCGAGGCUUUGUCGUAAAUGUUCGCAGAGGGGAGUUGAAUGACCAUGAAUUUAAAACUGAGGUAAAUAUUCUCUGCCGUGUUAAUCACAAGAAUAUCGUCAGGCUUCUCGGCUUUCUGGAAGAAAGAAACGAGCGGGCACUUGUCUACGAGUUCAUGAGCAAUUACUCCCUUAAUCACCACCUCCACAUCCACCGGAGCUCAUUACUGAGGACUUGGACUACGCGGCUUCAGCUCGCGCUUGAUGCGGCAAGAGGACUCGAGUAUUUACACUUUUACGCUGUGCCUCCAUUGAUACACCGGGACGUGAAGCCAACCAACAUAUUGCUGGACGUUAAUAUGAGAGCUAAAAUUGCUGACUUCGGACUGUCUAUACUUACCUCUGAGGAUGGCAAAUUGAACUCCCCAGUCCAAGAUCUUGGACCGCCUGCUGUGCGACCUAAGCAUAGUUGUGUCACUCCAAUUAUCGGUACUGUCGGUUAUAUGGAUCCUCAGUACAUAAUGAACAAUCAACUAACUACCAAAAGUGAUGUGUAUGGUUUUGGCGUCCUACUAUUCGAGUUAUUGUCUGGGCGCAAGGCAGUGUAUAGGGAUAAGCAAGGAUCCCACUGCCGACUGGUAGAUGUAGUGAUCCCAUGGGUCACUCAAGGUGAUAUCGGCGAGUUUUUGGAUCCAAACAUGCCGAGCAUCAGGCCACUAGAGAUGGAGGCUGUUCUAGAUGUUGCAAAGUUGGCUGCAGAUUGCAAUAACUUCGAAGCUCAGGAGCGACCAUCAAUGGCUGAAGUUGUUCUUCGGCUUAAUAGUGCCUUGGAGCGUUGCUUGAAAGACGCACAAAGUGAUUGAGCCCAUGAAGUUCCUCAAUUUCAGUUGUGUAUAUAUAUAUAUAUGAUAAUUGAUACCUAACUUAGUAAUUAGGCGAUUUUCUAUGAUAAUUGAUACCUAAUUUAGUAUUCUUUCAUCUCUGUAAGAAAGGAGAGGUUCGUUGGCCACUCUAUUUAUUUCCAUGGAAACAAUGGAGGCAGCGCCGCAUCGACCUGUCGAGGCUGCGCAGCUAGAGUCGACCACAGAGAUAGGGAUAGAGAAGCUACAACAGUAUGAAGAAGAAGCGUAUGAGUGGAGACAUCCGAUUUGCAAUUCUUCCGGCAACCUAGAAUAGCUAGAGAGGAAAAAUAAAUGGAUACGGGAAUUACUUAUGCGAAAUCUAGUGAAUAUCUUGUUCCAAGAUCAAAAGCAACUGUACCAAACCUCUUCUCUGUCCAAUCUGAGCAUCGUUCAAGAACAAUAAUAAUGCCUUACUGAAGUUUGUCCAA